AUGGGUGGAAAGGUCAGCUACAUCAAUAAGGCACAUUCCGAACAAAAGAUCUUCUCCUUGGACAUAGGCCGUAAAGACUUACAGAAAAUCCCAGAAGAAGUCUUUUCCUCAUCAGCACUAAACUGGCUUAUCGUAUCUAAUAACAAGAUUAGAGAAGUUCCCAAUGAAAUCCGGCACAUGACCAACCUUACUCGGCUGGCCCUUAAUGAUAAUUGGAUUGAACGGGUUUCAGAAGAAAUGGGGGAAAUCACAAACCUUACCUGGGUUGAUUUAACAAGGAACAGAUUACAAGAUCUGCCCGACUCGUUAGCCAACUUAAAAAACAUCGCCGGUUUAGGUCUCAGUGAAAACCGCUUUGAAAAGAUCCCUAAUUGUGUCUUUGGCAUGAAGUCACUUUGUAAGUUCGGCUUCUUUAGCAACAAGCUUCGGGCCGUACCCCCUGAAAUUGCUCUCCUCCAAAAUCUAACCAAGAUUGAUCUAAGCAAUAAUGAUAUUGUCACUAUCCCCAAAGACAUUUGCCGCCUUUCCAAACUUGUCUGGCUCAAUCUCAGUAAUAAUAAGAUCGCUAGUUUACCCGAAGAAAUGGGUCGGCUCUACCACCUACAAGAACUAGGACUGGGUAAUAAUGCCCUCAAAAGACUCCCAAAUCUUGGUGCCCUUAAAAAGCUUACCAUUCUCCCAGUAUAUCGCAACCAACUAGAAGAACUAGGCGAUUGGGUCUGUAAGCUAGAAAAGGUCGAAAAACUCGACUUCAGCAACAAUCAGCUCAAAACAAUUCCCCAGGGUAUCUUUGCUCUCAAAAACCUCAAGUAUAUCAACGUCAAAAACAACUUUUUAGAAGAAAUUGAUAUCAAAGGUGCCGAAUCGGGUAAAUCCCUAAUUGAAGUGAUUGAUGUCAGUGAAAACCGACUCAAACACAUUCCUUAUAAGUUCUUUACUUCCUUCCCAGCCUUAGCCACCCUCCGAGCAGGCGGGAAUCCCUAUGAAGAAGAAAAAGCCAUCUCCCCCUUGAAAUGCCCCAGUUUACAUCAACUGUGUGCUCUCUAUAUGCCCCCAACCGCCUUCCUACACCGAACUACUUCCACUGAGGCCAGUAGGGGUGAAUGGUGUGAUGUUUGCAAAAGAUGGUUCAUUUACGAACCACGCACCGUCCUUAAGAAACAGAGUUCAUUAGAUGGUCGGAGGAUAAUUGUAAAAAAGGUGCUCUGCUCCUUUAUUUGUCAGCAGUACAGCAGCUAA